AUGGCAAGAUUAAGACCCAGAAAACGAGAGCAUAUAGAAGUUGGAAUAGAUGAUGAGAGAGGGGAAGUAAAGUCGAAGUACUUCAAGACUGAUCCAAGUGUUGAGAAAGUUAAAGAAGAGAAAUCAUUACUGCCCAUUGAGGAGCCUGUAGAUGUUGAAUGGAUAAAGACCUUAAAUUCUGCGGAAUAUUUUAAAUGGAUUACGAAAGUAACAGAUGAUAGACCUGAACACUGGAAUGAACCUUUAAAUCCUGAUAUUUUCCUCAAUAGACCUGAAGGUGCGCCCCCCUUGCCGGAGAAUUUCAUUCCCAUCUAUACUAGAGUGCGACUGAUGAGGUCAAAGAUCAAGACUCCAGUAGAUUCAGUUGGAUGUGCGGCCAUACCAAUCACAGUUAGUGCCAAAUGUGACAUUUCUCUAGAUGCUAUUUCACCGAAGAACUACAGAUUGCAACUCCUGGUAGCAUUGAUGUUAUCUGCGCAGACGAAGGAUGAGUUGAAUGCUCAGGCAAUGUUGAACUUGAUAAGGUAUUGCAUAGACGAGUUACACAUACCACAAGGUCUCACUUUAGAGGCUUUACUCAAAAUUGACGAGAAGGUCCUAGUAAAUUUGAUUAGAACCGUUGGGUUCCAUAACAGAAAGGCGCAUUACGUGAAACAGACUGCCAAAAUUCUAGUUGAACAAUUUCAGUCCGACAUACCGACCGAUCUCGUGGGGAUUCUCUCACUGCCUGGUGUGGGGCCCAAGAUGGGUUUACUGGCAUUACAAAGAGCCUGGGGUAAGAUGGACGGGAUAGGCGUCGAUGUUCACGUUCAUAGGUUGUGCAAUAUGUGGGGAUGGGUCUCUAAAAAAUGUAAGACUGCGGACCAUACCAGAAAAGAUCUGGAAAGUUGGCUACCCAAGCCUCUUUGGUACGAGAUCAAUCCACUACUAGUUGGAUUCGGUCAAGUCAUCUGCAUGUCUAGAGGGAAAAGAUGUGAUUUAUGUCUGGCAAAUGACAUAUGCAAUGAUGUUGAUAAGAAGGUAAUGAUUAAAGCUGCUCAAGAGAAAAGGUCUGAUGAGCGGAUGCGCAAACGACCCAAUAGAGGUGAUUUCUCUCAAUGGUUAGAUUACCUGGCUAAAGAGGAUAAAUCUUUCAAAGUGAUAGACAGUGAGGAGGUAGCCAAACCACUGGAUGAAGGGUUUGCGUUAAUAAAGAAGGAUCCAGAUGGUGAUCUAACGUGA